CUGGCUAUUUUAGAUCUAUCUUUAAAUGAUCUGAUCAGGAUUUUUCUAUUUUAUGGAUUUUAUUUUAUGUCUGACAGCUUUAUUUUGAUCUGAUUUAUUGUUUUAUUAUGUUUUUUCCUGUUUUUUUUUUUGUUUUUUUUGUCGUAUGAUUAGUUUUUAAUGGUUCAUCUCAUUGGAUCAGGCCCAGCCUAAUUGUUUGAUCAUAAUCGUGACCCACCCCAUCACUCGACAGCACCUCUUAACCUGUCAAUCAUGGUUCUGUCCAAUGGGAGCAAGCCUCAGGUGUUCAGGAUCCGCUUCUCUGACCCCACCCGCUCCUUCUACAGCAGCGGUGAUAAACUGUCAGGCUGCAUAGAGCUGGAGGCCGCCAACACCUGCAGAGUGACACGCCUCAUCGUCAGCGCCGCCGGCUGUGCCCGCGUCGAACACCGUGGUGGGAAAAAACGGAAGAACUGCUGCCAGGAAGUAGAGUACUUGAAGUACGAGGAGGUGCUACGGCUGGAGGCGGAGCUCAGUAAAGAUUCAGACGGCUACUUCCUGCUGCAGGCUGGGAAAAUGUACAACUUCCUGUUUGGCUUUGAGCUUCCUGCUGCUGGGCGUCUUGUGUCGUCCUAUAAAGGAAAGUUCGGCUCAGUUCGUUACUAUGUGCGGGCGUCACUGGACCGACCUUCCCAGAAUUCUUUGCAGUGUGAGCGUGAGUUUGAGGUUGAGGAGCCGCUGGACGUCAACAGGCCAGACCUGCUGGCUCCGGCUCUGGCCUCGGCUCAGAAGAAGGUCACCUGCAUGUUCAUCCCUGACGGACAGGUGUCAAUCACAGCUCAGAUCGACAGGAAGGGCUUCUGCGAGGGCGAGGACAUCAACAUCAACGCCAAGUUUGAGAACACUUGUUCACGCAUCGUUGUACCCAAGGCCGCCAUCAUCGCCAAACAUACCUACGUCGCAGACGGACGAACAAAGGUGCUGCGACAGAAGCUGGCGGCGGCGAGGGGGAACCACAUCAUCUCGGGGAUGUGCGACAUGUGGCAGGGAAAGACGAUUCGAGUGCCCAAACUGAAGCCCACGCUGCUGGGCUGUGAUAUCAUCAGGGUGGACUACGCCCUCAUGAUCUACCUGCACGUCCCUGGCAGUGAGAAGCUGGCGGUGGAGCUGCCGCUGGUCGUCGGGACGAUCCCGUUCAGCGGCGUGGGCAGCAGGACGAGCAGCAUGAGCAGCCAGGGGGCGGGGUCACUCAGCAGCUGGGCGUCCCUACCCCCCGCCCCCCCCAGCUACAGCAACAUCCACCGAGACCUGAGGGGCGACGGCACGCUCACGCCGCUGCUCCAUGACUACGAUGGAGAUGAUGACGACGACGGGGGGCUGUUCAUGAGGGCGCCAGAACGCUACUACCCUCCUCCACCCGCCUACACCGAGGUGGAUCAGGACUCAGAGAACCCUCCUCACAUGCUCCAUGUCUGCUGAGGACUUCCUGUUAAACCAGCAGAAUCCUGUGAAGGCUGCAGCCCUGUAAUCCUGCAGUCAGGUUUCUGCUGACUCAGCACGUUCUUGUGCUGACUCAGGUGUUCUGCCAGUUCUUGUGAAAGUGUUUUUUUUAUAUUAUAUAUAUUAUCUGAAUUUUUACACAUAGAUUACAUGGAGGUUUAUUUGUACAUAUGAUGUAAAUAAAGUCAAAUUAUAUUUUUUCAUUAAAAUAUUAAAUAUGUUAAA